GCUGCCUCAUGGAGCUGUGCAUCCAGCUCAGCAUCAUCAUGUUGGGGAAGCAGCUGAUCCAGAACAACAUCUUUGAGAUUGGCGUCCCGAAGCUAAAGAAACUCUUUCGGAAGCUGAAAGAUGAGACUGAACCUGGAGAAAGUGACCCUGAGCACUCAAAACGUCCAGAGCAGUGGGACCUGGACUACAGCCUAGAGCCAUACACUGGGCUGACUCCGGAGUACAUGGAAAUGAUCAUCCAGUUUGGUUUUGUCACCCUGUUUGUGGCCUCUUUUCCACUGGCACCAGUGUUUGCCCUCCUCAACAAUGUCAUAGAAGUGCGGCUGGAUGCAAAAAAGUUUGUUACAGAGCUGAGACGCCCGGAUGCUGUGAGGACCAAAGACAUUGGAAUUUGGUUUGACAUUCUCUCUGGAAUUGGCAAGUUCUCCGUCAUCAUCAAUGCUUUUGUCAUCGCUGUCACCUCCGACUUUAUCCCCCGCCUUGUGUACCAGUAUUCCUAUAGCCGCAAUGGGACUCUGCACGGCUUUGUGAACCACACUCUCUCCUUUUUCAAUGUCAGCCAGCUGAAGGAAGGAACGCAGCCAGAAAACUCACAAUUCGACCAGGAGGUUCAGUUUUGCAGGUUCAAGGAUUAUCGAGAGCCACCAUGGGCACCAAACCCAUAUGAGUUUUCCAAGCAGUACUGGUCUGUUCUGUCUGCCCGUCUGGCCUUUGUUAUCAUCUUCCAGAACCUAGUGAUGUUCCUGAGUGUCCUUGUAGACUGGAUGAUCCCAGAUAUCCCCACGGACAUUAGCGACCAGAUCAAGAAAGAGAAGAGCCUGUUGGUGGAUUUCUUCCUGAAGGAGGAACACGAGAAGGUUAAGUUGGCUGAUGAUCCCACCCAGAGGAGCCAGGGAGGUAGGGAUCAAAGCAGGAGGAGCCGUGCAGCCAGCUCUGCACCCUCAGGCCAGAGCCAGCCAGGCAGCAUAGCAUCCUCGGGGUCCCAGCACACCAACGUGUGAGCCUGCAGUUGGCAGCAGAGGAGGGCACAUCAUGGUGAAACGCAUGCGCACAUCGUAUGUUCCUAUAACACAGGGGCUCUUCUGCUGGCAACUGGCUUGUGGGUGUCUCCAAGAGGAAGUUACGGAAAU